AUGAAGAAGCGGAAGAGUCAGGAUCUCAUCGGACUGCAAAGCGGGCCAGCACUGAAAAGAUCUCGCUCAGCGAGAGUCGCAUUGAACGGAGAAAUUCUUCAACGGAAUAGACACCCCGAAGCAAACGAGCCCCAAACUAGCUCAGAGCCCUCUAGGACGGAGACGCAUGAUGUAUUGGCAGACGAGGGAGAUAGUUUGGAAGGCGAUUCCUCUGAGGCAGAACAAGCGGCAUAUACACCCGUUAGAGGAGAUCAAAGGACUCCGAGCAGGUCUGCCCUUGAGAAAUCAUCGAAUGGGAUAACGCAAAAGAAGCAGCUAGGAGGGAAGAGGCUCUUCGCAACGCCGGUAAAAACAAAUGAUACUGCGGACAACGGUACCUCAAGGAUUGAACGGAAUGCGGAUCGUUCAGCGAGAAGGAAGAGUACCAGAACGCUGAUUGAGAGGACAAUAUUAGGCAAUACUAGCGACAAUGAUGAGAGGGACGAGGAUAUUGCCCAGCGAAUCUAUGGCUCGGACGAAGAAGGCCUCGGCGCAGAAGGCGAGGAGGAAAUAAGCGAAGUCCCUGAUGAGAGCGCCCUCCCAGAGACACCUUCGAAACGUGGGAGGAAAAAGAGAUCCAAAAUCCAACGACGAUCACCGACACCUCCGCAAGAUCUUUCCGCACACGAAAAGUAUUUCUUCCAGAAUCGGAGUGUGCGAGCAAAAACUUCCAACAACAACCUUGCCUCUUUGGCUCUCCUCGACCAUGAGGAAUUUUUCAGCCGUUCUCGAAAGUUGCAAGAUGCUCAUGCCGAAGAUAUGAUUUUUUUGGAGCGGCUGCAUGCUGGGUCCUUCAACCAGUGGCGAUUUGAACUGAGUCAAGAUUUCAACAUAUGUGCGUUUGGCUGGGGCUCCAAGCGAUCUCUUCUAAUGCAGUUUGCGGAUUACAUAUACAAAUCGCAAACAGACCGUGAGAAGUCCAAGAUAGUGGUCGUCAAUGGCUAUGUAAACAAUCUGACAAUUCGGGAUGUUUUGAAUACUGUGGCUGCUGCAUUCUCUGAACGCGGACCAAAAUUGGGCUCACAGCCGGCUGAGAUGCUUGAUAACCUCUUUGCCUUGCUAGAGGAGGAUACAACUCGGGACGUCACACUCAUAAUCCACUCAAUCGACCGAUUGCCACUCCGGCGCCCUGCGACCCAGACCAUCCUAUCGCGCCUGAGUUCUCACCCCCAGGUUCACUUGGUAGCAUCAGCCGAUCAUCCAUCUUUUCCACUUUUGUGGGACAGUUCUCUCCGCUCAACCUACAACUUCUUGUUCCAUGAUUGUACAACUUUCCAACCUUACGUUUCUGAAUUCGACAUUGUUGAGGAAGUCCAUGAAUUACUUGGUAGAAGUGGGAGACGGGUGGGUGGGAAAGAGGGAGUGAGCUUCGUGCUGAAGAGUUUGCCCGAGAACGCCAAGAAUUUGUUCAGGGUCUUGAUAGGGGAGCAACUGGCUGCAAUGGAUGAGAGUUCUGUGGCAAUUGUGGAAGGCGACGAGGACGAGGAUGUCCCAGGCCCACGAAGCGGCCACUCCAGGACGUCUGAACCAGGUGUUGCGUACAGAGUCUUGUAUCAGAAGGCUUCUGAGGAGUUCAUCUGCAGCAACGAGAUGAACUUCAGGACACUGUUAAAAGAAUUUCAUGAUCAUCAAAUGAUACAAAGCCGGAAGGAUUCUAUGGGCACGGAAAUGCUUUCUGUGCCAUUUCGGAAGGAGGAGCUAGAGACAAUAUUAGAGGACAUCGCGUCUUAG